AGUCUCGCGAUAUCUGGGCAGAAGGUGGGCAGGAGCAGUAUGGCAGCAGUAGCAGCGCUGACACACUGGCGGAGAGGAGUUUUUCAGACUGUCAGUAAUGGAGCGCUCGGGCUCCUCUCUCCAGCGUUUCUCCAGGGGGUCAGACAGAAGUCCAGUGUACAGUAUGCAUCACGGCCAAACUUACCAAAGCUUGCCUAUCAGAGAGUAAAGGGGAAGAGCCCUGGUGUGGUGUUCCUGCCGGGAUAUGGCUUGAAUAUGAGUGGACAGAAAGCAGAAGCAUUACAGGACUUCUGCAAGUCAUUAGGCCAUUCCUAUCUGAGGUUUGAUUACACAGGCCAUGGAGCUUCAGAAGGCACCUUCUCAGAGGGAACUAUUGGAACCUGGAAGAAAGAUGUUCUUUUUAUAUUGGAUGAAGUUGCUGAAGGGCCUCAGAUCUUGGUCGGCUCAGGCAUGGGUGGCUGGCUGAUGCUGCUAGCAGCUAUUGCACGACCGGAGAAGACAAAAGCUUUGGUGGGCAUUUCCACAGCAGCUGAUCAUUUUGUUACAGCCUUUAAGUCGUUGCCUCUGGAGGCGAGAAAAGAGUUUGAAGACAGUGGCAUGUGGACAAUCCCAACAAAAAGCAAUGAUGAAGGCAUCUACACUGUGAGCAUGGACUUCUUGAAGGAAGCGGAGAAUCACUGCAUCCUGCAAAGCCCCAUCCCAAUCACAUGCCCUGUGCGCCUCAUCCACGGCCUGAAGGAUGAGGAUGUGCCCUGGCACAUCUCCAUGCAGGUGGCUGAGCGUGUGCUCAGUACUGAUGUGGAUAUCAUCCUCCGCCGCCAUGGCCAGCACCGCAUGGCUGAGAAGGAUGACAUCAAACUGAUGGUCUACACCAUCGAUGACCUCAUAGACAAGCUGACCACCAUGGUGUGAGCUAAGACGUGCGGUUUAAUCGCCAUUCAGCCUGUUCCUGACCCUUUUGGCCUUGUUCGUUUUGCCAAAACCUUCUCUGCCUAUUUGUACUCCUGUUUGCUGCAAAGACAAAAAUUCUAGAGGGAAAGCAGUCAGUCCUAAAAGAACAACAAACCUUAAAACUUGGUUCCCUGGUGCCUUUACAGUGUUUUUUUUUCUGUUUUUUACUUGUUUUUGUUUACUUUUCAGUGCUGUGUAGCUCAGCCCUCUGAUAAAGCUGCUCCAUUUUGACAGACAGAAGUGAUAUCCUAGUCUAUUACCACAUUAUGUUGGUCUGUUGUGCCUUUUUAACCACACUAUUAUGGAAAUAAAGCCUCUUUAUAUCA